UAUAAAAAGCACAUGCGCGUAGGCGAGGGCACGCCAUUUUCUCUUCAACGCCAGGACGAGGUUCCUGUGUCACCAUGGGCCGCCGUCCAGCCCGCUGUUACCGGUAUUGUAAGAACAAGCCGUAUCCCAAGUCUCGCUUCUGCAGAGGUGUCCCUGAUGCCAAGAUCCGCAUCUUUGACCUGGGCCGGAAGAAGGCAAAAGUGGAUGAAUUCCCCCUGUGUGGCCACAUGGUGUCCGAUGAAUACGAGCAGCUCUCCUCUGAAGCACUGGAGGCCGCCAGAAUUUGUGCCAACAAGUACAUGGUGAAAAGCUGUGGAAAAGAUGGUUUUCACAUCCGUGUGCGGCUCCAUCCCUUUCAUGUCAUCCGCAUCAACAAGAUGCUGUCCUGUGCUGGGGCUGACAGGCUGCAGACCGGGAUGCGAGGUGCCUUUGGGAAGCCGCAGGGGACGGUGGCGAGAGUUCACAUCGGGCAGGUCAUCAUGUCCAUCCGCACGAAGCUUCAGAACAAGGAGCAUGUGAUUGAAGCCCUACGCAGAGCCAAGUUCAAGUUUCCAGGCCGCCAGAAGAUCCACAUCUCCAAGAAGUGGGGCUUUACCAAGUUUAAUGCUGAUGAAUUUGAAGACAAAGUGACUAAGAAGCGCCUGAUUCCUGAUGGUUGUGGAGUUAAAUAUGUCCCUAAUCGUGGCCCCCUGGACAAGUGGCGAGCUCUGCAUUCUUGAAAUUUUUGAGACACUGCCUCCUUUGACCAUGCUGGUCUGAUUUAUGUUCAGCAAUAAAGUCUGUUUUAUGUUCUGUUUUAAAUUCUGAUUUAUGUUCAUCAAUAAAUUCUGGCAAAAAAAUUAGUUAUUGUUAAUACUUUAAAUGUUUUAAAAAUAUCCAAUUUUUUUGACUAUAGACUACUACUAGAGAAAUGUUCAGAAUAAACACUAGAAAGUUUUAACAGUAAUAGUUAAAGUGAGGAUGAAAUGUGUAGGGGAUUAAUAGAGAAAGCUAUGUAAUGCUAAUGCAAACACUUUAACUUGGGCUUCUGGGGAAAUACAUCAAAACUUUUAUUUGUAGUAAAGUCAUAUAUUAUGCAACUUUCUUGAAAUUGAAUAAAAACCCGAGAAAAUCCAAGAUUUGUAGGGAACAAAUGCUGUUUAUAGAAAAUAGACAUUAAAGAUGAAAAUAAUGGCAGACAUUAAUGAUAUUCCAACUAUAGACUCUUUGAAAC